CGACCUGCUUGAGGGGCAGGCAACCGGCAGCGAUGGCGACAGCGGCCGCGAUGACAGCGACGGCGGCCGAGCGGGCCGUGCUGGAGGAGGAGUUCCGCUGGCUGCUGCACGACGAGGUGCAUGCGGUCCUGAGGCAGCUGCAGGACAUCCUCAAGGAGGCCUCUCAGCGUUUCACUCUCCCUGGCUCCGCUGCUCAGGGGCCAGCCAAGCAGGAAAACUUCAUCUUGGGCAGCUCUGGCACAGACCAGGUGAAGGGUGUGCUGACUCUGCAGGGGGACGCUCUCAGCCAGGCGGAUGUGAGCCUCAAGAUGACCCGGAGCAGCCAGUUGCUGCACUUCGCCUUCCGAGAGGACAAGCAGUGGAAACUGCAGCAGAUCCAGGAUGCCAGGAACCACGUAAGCCAAGCCAUUUACCUCCUCACCAACCGGGAAGAGAGCUACCAGUUCCAGACGGGAGCUGAGGUCCUCCAGCUCAUGGACGCCGUGAUGCUGCAGCUGACCAGAGCCCGUAACCGCCUCACCACCCCAGCCACCCUCACCUUGUCUGAGAUUGCUGCCAGCGGCCUUACGCGGAUGUUUGCCCCUGCCCUGCCCUCUGACCUGCUGGUCAAUGUCUACAUCAACCUCAACAAGCUCUGCCUCACCAUCUACCAGCUGCAUGUGCUGCAGCCCAAUUCCACCAAGAACUUCCGCCCAGCAGGAGGUGCUGUGCUCCACAGCCCUGGAGCAAUGUUUGAGUGGGGCUCACAGCGCCUGGAAGUCAGCCAUGUGCACAAGGUGGAGUGCGUGAUCCCCUGGCUCAACGACGCCCUCGUGUAUUUCACCGUCUCCCUGCAGCUCUGUCAACAGCUCAAAGACAAGAUCUCCGUUUUCUCCAGCUACUGGAGCUACCGACCCUUCUGAGUGGACCUCAGCAGCCUGUCCCCACCCCCACCCUCAGGAGUGUUGGCCAGGGAUGGACCCUGAAGGCCAUUUGUCUCCUUUUUACCCAUCUGACACAUAUUGAUAGCAGUGGAUGUGCAACACAGAGGAAAGGCCUCGGUUUCCAUCAUGCUGGGAGAACUGUCAGGAAGGCCAUCAUGAGGUGGCCCAUACUUUAAGCCCAGUCAGCUGAGUACCUCGGAAACCUUUGGACUCAGGAUGGGGCUGGGCCCUGGACACUCCUUUCUCUCCCUCCUGGCUGCCAAUCUGCCUCUGGUUGCAGGGUGAGGGCUGGGGAGGGGUGGGACCCACUGAGCCGGCUGCAGCUGUGCCCACAUGUGAGCUGUGGUACCCCCUGCUGCUUUUGUGCUGCGCUGAGAUCUCUAGGAAAUACAGAUCAAAAGAC